CUUAAGAAGGGGGCUGAGGUAAUGAUGCUCUCGGCUGAGCUAAUGCGCGAUCGGAUAGCUAGCCUUGAGAAGGCGAACGAAGCCGUAAUAAAGCGUAGGCAGCGUAAGAAGAAGCGGAUACAGAAGCAAGGAGUGCUAACAAAGGGAGCUGGAGAGGAUCUACUCGCUCAGCGCGAGGCUGAUUAG